AUGGAAGAAUUCCCUCUGAAUGGAGGAUUCGACCCAGAAGACCCUCAUGAUGGACUAUUGACGUCUAAGGAGUGGCCCCCAGGAAGCUUUGAACGUCUGGACAGACAGCAGUCAGGUGUAGGUAAGACUUCGGGUCAUCCUGGGGAAAGGCCGACGAAUGGUUUUGAUGAUAACGAAGCAGACAUUGGAGAAGGACCCAAUUCGCUAUGGGGUGAACAACCGAACUACGGCAGAAGUGGGUCCUCACUCAAAUCCGUUGUGGACUCUGAAUUUUCAAAGGCUGACAGCCCGUGCUGUCCUUGUUGUCGAAGCUCUUCUGACCAGCCUGAUUUCGACAUCGGCCCAGGGGGACGGUAUUUCGGUUCAGCGCAUACAGGAAUAGCGUAA